CGUGCAGGGCUGGACGUGAGGAUGGGGCACUCUUUGCUCUGUUUGCUGGGGUUAUUCUUGCUCAAUACAGUCAUCCAUGGAAACGCUGGAGAUAAACCAAAGGCCAAACUCAGUGCUGAUAACACAGCUGUUCCAGUAGGGGGCAGUGUGACCCUGACCUGUUCUGUGAACCCAUCAUCAUCGUCUAGAUGGAAAUACUACUGGUACAAAGAGAAUUAUGGUGUACGUGAGAGACUAUGGGAUGCAUUUUUUCUGUCAAAUGACCAAGUCAGAGUCUCACAGGGAGGACUCUACAGCUGCAAAGGAAAAAGAGGACGUUACUGCUCAGAAUUGAGCCAGUCAGUCAGGAUUGACACUAUUGUGUCAAACAGGCCUGUUGUGACUCUGCAUCCAAACUGGUCUGAGAUAUAUAGAGGAGAGACGAUCACUGUCAGAUGUGAGAUCCAUGGAGGAGACACUGAGUGGGAUUAUGAGUGGGAAACAAACAGCAUGAUAAAAGCUCCAAAUCAAAAUGAAUACAGGAUUAGAUCUGCUUCAUCAUCCAACAGUGGAAACUAUCGCUGUAAGGGCAGAAUGAAAAGUUCACAGCAUAAAACAACAGAGUGGAGUGAUUCAGUCACACUGACAGUUUCAACAAGUAAACCCAGAGCCACACCGACAGCACAAAGUUUAACCAUACCAGCAGGGGGCAGUGUGACACUGAGCUGCUCUGUGGAGGGCUCUGCUGGCUGGAAGUUUGACUGGUUCAGACGUGAUUCAGUCUCUUCUAAAGCUCAGCUCAUAAGAGGAAAUGAAGCAAACAGAGAUAUUAGUGUCUCACAAGGAGGUCUGUACCACUGCAGAGGAGGGAGAGGAGAUCCAGUUUACUACACAGAGGACAGCAGCAACGUCACCAUUAUGCAAAUCAUUCCCAUUAAGCCCCCUGUGACCCUGCAGCCAUCCUGGCCUCAGAUAUACAGCGGUGAGACAGUCACUGUCAGAUGUGAGAUUCAGGGAGGUGAAGGAGCUCAGUGGACGUAUGAAUGGAGUCCAGCCAAGUUAAACACACCUCCAACAUCCAAUGAAUACAGAAUCAUCACAGUUACUGAGUCUGACAGUGGAGGAUACAGCUGCCGGGGCAGAAGGGACUAUUUCUUCACAGAGUGGAGUGAUAUCAUCACACUGACUGUAUCAUAUAAACCAAAGGCCAAACUGACAGCUGAUAACACAGCUGUUCCAGUAGGGGGCAGUGUGACCCUGACCUGCUCUGUGAACCCAUCAUCAUCAUCUGGAUGGAAAUACUACUGGUACAGAGAUGAGAAAUCCUCUGAAGCCCUGACCACACAAGAUGCAGUUUUCCACUCAAAUGGACAAAUCAGUGUCUCACAGGAAGGACUCUACAGGUGCAGAGGAGGAAGAGGAAACCCAGUUUACUACACAGAGGACAGCCAGUCAGUCAGGAUUGGGAAAACUGUAACAGCCUCAAACAGGCCUGUUGUGACUCUGCAUCCAAACUGGUCUGAGAUAUACAGAGGAGAGACGAUCACUGUCAGAUGUGAGAUCCAUGGAGGAGACACUGAGUGGGAUUAUGAGUGGGAAACAAACAGCAUGAUAAAAGCUGCAAAUCAAAAUGAAUUCAGGAUUAGAUCUGCUUCAUCAUCCAACAGUGGAAACUAUCGCUGUAAGGGCAGAAUGAAAAGUUCACAGCAUAAAACAACAGAGUGGAGUGAUUCAGUCACACUGACAGUUUCUGACAAUAAACCCCGUCCUGUCCUCACUGUGUCUCCAUCAUGGCUGAGUCCUGGAGCCUCAGUAACUCUGAACUGUGAGGUUGAACAUCCGUCUGCAGGAUGGAGCUUCUACUGGUAUAAAGCUGUUCCUGAUCUAUCAGAGAAAUCCUCCAGUUAUGAGCUGCUACCUGAUGGCAGUGGGACUGCACAGGACUCCUACAUCAUUCAUGGACAGACACACACAGCAGGAUAUGUGUGCAGAGCUGGAAGAGGAGACUCAGAGUAUCACACUGAUCACAGUCAACCAAAGUUUGUCUGGUCUGCAGAUGUUCAUUCAGCAGCGUCUCUCACAGUGAGUCCUGACAGAGUGCAACACUUCACCUCUGACUCUGUCUCACUGACCUGUGAGGGAAACUUCACUGAGUGGAGAGUGAGGAAGUUCUCUGAGGACGGCCGACUGUACUCUGACUGUAGGAGAAUGACUGGAUCCACAUGUAACAUCAACACAUCAGAGUCAGAUACUGCAGUGUACUGGUGUGAGUCUGGAUCAGGAGAGUUCAGCAGUGCAGUCAACAUCACUGUACAGAAUGAUGGUAAUGGUCCUAUCCUGGUGAGUCCUGUUCAUCCUGUGACUGAGGGAGCUUCUGUUAGUCUGAGCUGCAGUUUGAGAACACAAAAAAUACUUUCCAAUGUGUUUUUCUAUCACAAUGACAAACUUAUUCAAAAUGAUCACCGAGGGGAGCUGAAGAUCUCUGCAGUGUCAAAGUCUGAUGAAGGUUUCUACAAGUGUCAGUACUCAGGAAGAGAGUCAGCACAGAGCUGGAUGUCAGUUAAAGGAGCUGACAGCUCUUCAUCUCCUGUGAGGUUGAUGGUUGGACUGGUUUGUGGAGUCUCUCUCAUUAUUAUUCUCCUGCUCUUGUUGUAUCGCUGCAGAACGACCAACAGUGCUGCUAACGAGCAGACGCUCAAUCAGGAUGAAGGUCAGCAGCACGUGUACUCCUCUCUUCUUCAUGGUGUUCGUUCUGUGUAUGAGAAACUCAGAAGAUCUGAAAACCCUGAAAAUGGUAAAGUAUACAAUUUCAUUAAUAUAGAGCUUGUGGAAGCUGAAUGA